UGUAUGUAUAUGUUUUUGUUGGACUUUGACCGUUAUCGUCCAUGCAUGUCCAUAAGAAUACAUUGGAUUAUGGUAGUCAUAACUUAUAAGAAAAUUUAAAACACCAUUAUUGAUCAUUAUUUGCAAAGGAGUCGAAUAGUUAACAGAUUGAAUAACAAUGGCAACUGUCAAAGUGAAUAGUCCAAAUGUAACGUACACAGAAGAAUACAUAGAAUCUAAAUAUGAUUACCAAACAUCACAGGUACGAAACGGUCCUGAUGGGACAAUCAAUGUUACUCCAGUCACCACGCAGUACACAUUCCGUACAGAAAGAAAGGUACCAAAACUCGGAGUGAUGUUGGUAGGAUGGGGUGGAAACAAUGGAUGUACUGUAACUGCCGCCAUCUUGGCAAACAAGCACAAAAUGUCAUGGCAUACAAAGGAAGGCCUUAAACAUGCCAACUAUUUUGGGUCUAUAACACAGGCCAGCACUGUGGGUCUUGGUACAGGACCAGAAGGAGAGGUUUAUAUUCCAAUGAAAGACCUUCUGCCAAUGGUAGACCCUAACGAUGUUGUAAUUGAUGGAUGGGACAUAUCAUCCAUGAAUAUCGCUGAUUCAAUGGAAAGGGCAAAAGUGCUAGAUUAUAAUCUGCAAGUGCAGCUUCGUCCUCAUAUGAAGCACAUGAGACCACGCCCAUCAAUUUACAUACCGGAUUUCAUUGCUGCAAAUCAAGAAGAACGGGCAGACAAUGUUUUAGCUGGUAGCAAGAAAGAACAAUUGGAUCGUAUCCGCAAAGACAUCCGUGAAUUCAAGGAAGAAAGUGGUGUUGACAAAGUUAUAAUUUUGUGGACAGCAAACACUGAGCGGUAUAGUGAUAUCAUCCCGGGUGUCAACGACACUGCUGACAAUUUGUUAAAAAGCAUUAGGGAAGGCGAAAAAGAAAUUUCACCUUCAACUCUAUUCGCUGUAGCUUCUAUUCUCGAAGGAGUUACAUACAUCAAUGGGUCUCCACAGAACACAUUUGUACCGGGUGCUCUAGAAUUAGCCAAUAAGAAGAAAGUAUUUAUUGCUGGUGAUGACUUUAAGUCAGGACAGACAAAACUCAAGUCGGUUCUUGUUGACUUUCUAGUCAGUGCUGGAAUCAAGCCGGUUUCUAUCGUUAGCUACAAUCAUCUUGGAAACAAUGAUGGUAAAAACUUGUCAGCUCCACAAACAUUCAGGUCGAAAGAGAUUUCCAAAAGUAAUGUUGUUGAUGAUAUGGUCGACUCUAAUGAUAUUCUCUAUCAUGACAAAAAGAAGCCUGACCACUGUGUGGUCAUCAAAUACGUACCUCAUGUAGGAGACAGCAAGCGUGCAAUGGACGAGUAUACGUCAGAGAUUAUGAUGGGAGGUUCAAAUACCUUGGUGAUUCACAACACAUGUGAAGAUUCUUUGUUAGCAAGCCCUCUUAUAAUAGACCUAGUCAUUAUUGCUGAAAUUUGUGAACGAAUUCAGUUCAAAACUGAAAAUGACAACAGCUUUCAAAGCUUUAAUAGUGUUUUGACUAUUCUGAGUUAUUUAUGUAAAGCACCGUUAGUACCCGCAGGAACACCAGUCGUUAACGCUUUGUUUAAACAAAGGUGCUGUAUCGAAAACAUCUUCAGGGCUUGUAUCGGAUUAGCUCCCCUGAAUAACAUGAUGUUGGAGUACAAACACCAGACAAUUGCAAAUCCUAUUCAGCGUGACAAUUCUUCUAUAAUUGCAAUGAAAAAAACUGCUCAAGCAAAAUGUGCAUCAGGAAAACAAUUAAUUGUAUCUAAAAGUGACAGUGACACCGAUUGUGAAAAAUGAAAACAAACAAACAAAACUGUUGUCAAAAUGUGAAUGAAAGUGGCAUGAAGAAGCCAAAAAGCAACGAAUAACCGAAAUGGUUCUUAGUUCGGAACUAGUCGAAAUAAAAUUGUUGCAUAUUUCAGCAUUUGAAUUUAUGAGGAGGGGCUCUAUCUCGGGUAUUUGUUGUUUAAGCAACAUCAAUAUUGCAUAUCAAUAAUAACUACAGCCUUUAAUGUUGUAAAAUAUCACUGGACAAAACUUCAUAAAUGUAACUAAUUUUUUUUAUUUUGCCUUGUUUUUUUUUAAGUUCCUGAUAUGCCUUUAAAAUGUAAAGAGUAUAUCGUUUUAUAUUACGUUAAAAUUUAAUAUCUACAUACAAUGGUCAGUUCUAUUGUUUUUUAUUAAUACAUAAUUAGUCAAAGACGUUCUGUAUUUUAUUAAAUAUGGAUUUGAUAUCACGAUCACAUACUCGGUAGAACAAAAAAUUAAUAUUUGUUUGAAUAUAGUAAUUAUAAUUUGCAGUUUACACAUGUUAAAGAUCUUGAAGAAUAAAAUUAAAUAUAG